AUGUCCUCGUUUCCUCCCAGCCAGUGCUGCUCCCUCGGGAGCCUCCAUGAAGGUGAACCCACCGGAGACCUGAUUGUGCUCGAGGGCCAGGUCGAUGCCUACCUAGCCACGCCGCCCAAGCAGGUAGAGUCGCUAAACAUGGGCAUUCUCUAUGUACCAGAUAUCCUCGGGAUAUGGCAAAACAGUAAACUCAUGGCCGACUUAUUCGCCGCUCAAGGCUAUACUACUCUGGUCUUGGAUAUCUUCAAUGGUGAUCCUGCACCCUUUCACAUGCCUGACGAUUUCGACAUUAUGGGUUGGCUAUCUCAUGGGUCCAACGGAAGCUACCCUCAUACACCAAAGAUUAUUGAUCCAAUUAUCCUCAAAGGCCUUGCUCACCUCAAGUCUCUCGGCUUGGCUCGUAUCGGUGCUGUUGGCUACUGCCUGGGAGCUAAGUACGUUAUUCGUCAUUACAAGCAUGGCAUCGAAUGUGGCUUCAUCGCUCACCCUUCCUUUGUCGAAGCUGAUGAGCUGGCCGCUAUUUCUGGGCCGUUGUCGGUUGCUGCAGCCGAGAACGACGACAUCUUCACUGUUGAAAAGCGUCACGAGUCGGAGAGGAUUGUUGCCAAAACAGGUCAACGAUACCAAAUUAAUCUCUUUUCUGGCGUGGAGCAUGGUUUUGCGGUGCGAGGUGACUCCUCCAUAGCCGUACAGCGUUUUGCCAAGGAACAAGCAUUUCUACAAGCAAUUGCCUGGUUUAAGGAUAGCUUUACAUAG